AUGAAAACGUUCAUCGCCCUGUUCGCCGUUGUGGCCGUGGCCAGCGCCAUCGGUGAUUAUCAUCACUACGAACCGACUGGAGCACCGAUCAAGAUCGUCCACAGCGAGUCCCACCACGGGCACGAUGGAAGCUACAAGUUUGGAUACGAAUCGGCCAACGGAAUCGCCGCUCAGGAGCAGGGCUUCGUGAAGAACGGUGGCAGCAAGGAUCACGAGGUGCAGGUCGCUCACGGAUCCUUCUCGUACACGGACCCGCACGGACAUCCGGUGUCGCUGAGCUACGUUGCCGAUGAGCACGGUUUCCAGCCGAAAGGAUCGCACAUCCCGACGCCACCGCCAGUCCCAAAGGAGCUGAUCGAUGCCUACGCCAAGGCCGCUAGCCAGCCUCACUACGAGGAACCUCAGCCACAGCAGCACUACGCUCCCCAGCCCACCUACAAGCACUACUAA